AUGUCGCUGCCAACUAGAUUCCCAAAGAAUUUUAAACUGGCAACUGCCACGGCGGCAUAUCAAAUUGAAGGAGCAAAAGAGCUGGAUGGUCGUGGAAUCAGUACUUGGGAUGCAAUUCGUUCUGAAUACGGUCGAAUCCGCGACGAUUCGAAUCCUACCCUCUCCUGUGAAGGUCGUCUGAAAUACAAAGAAGACGUGGCUCUCCUCGCCAAGAUCGGUGUCACCAGCUACCGUUUCUCGAUCUCUUGGUCUCGUAUCCUCCCAAAUGGAACACUUUCGGAAAUCAACAAGGAAGCAAUUCAAUAUUAUCGUGAUGUUUGCCUUUUGUUACGAGACAAUGGAAUUGAGCCAAUUGUGACAUUAUUCCAUUUCGACAUGCCACUGGCUAUUUAUGACAAUGGAACAUCUUGGUUGAACAAGGAGAACUGUGAACAUUUCGUCAAAUUCGCGGAUUUGUGCUUUCGAGAGUUUGGAGAUUUAGUGAAAACGUGGAUAACAUUCAAUGAAAUUAAUAUGCAAGCAUGGUCAUCUGUUGUCAAGAUUCAAGGAGAAUUGUGGUUGUGUCCGGAUCGUCCGGAGAUUGAGAAUCAUGAGCAGGCACCGUAUAUCGCUGCCACCAACAUGCUUCUAACCCAUGCUAAAAUCUACCGUAACUACGAGAAAAACUAUAAAGAAACUCAAGAUGGAAUCAUCGGAAUUACAAAUGGAGGUCGUUUCUGUUUCCCUGCUUCUGAUUCUCCGGAUGACCAAUCGGCGACAAAUCGUGCUCUUGAUUGGCUUUUCAAUUAUACAAUUGAACCAAUUCUCACGGAUUCUGGCGAUUUUCCAGCGACGAUGAGAGAAAAAUUACCCUUCCUUCCAAAGUUUACAGAUGAAGAGAAAGAGAUGAUCAAAGGUAGCACAGAUUUUCUUGGAAUCAACUACUAUCUCAGUCACAUGGUCCGUGAUAUUUCUGAUGACGAGACUCCAACUUCUCAAUCCGAAAGAGACGCUUCUUAUGCUUUUGUCGAAGGAAAAUGGGAAAAAAUUUGUGGCGAGACAUGGGUUCGUUACGCUCCCGACGGCCUUCUGGCGCUUUUAAAGUACGUCAAAGAGAAAUAUAAAAACAUUCCGGUGUUUAUAACGGAGAAUGGAUGUAUGGAUUUGAUUGGGGAAGAGGAGAAAAAAGAAGAGGAUAUUCUGAAUGAUAAACAUCGAAUCAAGUAUAUCACUGGACAUUUGGAAGCUGUUGCGAAAGCUCUCGACAAUGGUUGUAAUGUGAUUGGAUACACUCUCUGGACCCUCAUGGAUAACUUCGAAUGGGACGACGGAUUCGCUGUGAAAUUCGGAAUCUGUCGUGUCGAUUUCGAGUCUCCAGAGAAGACAAGAACCAUGAAACAAUCGGCUAAAUACUAUCAAACAUUUAUUCGCGAAUUCAAGAAGCAUCAUAAUCUCUUGUAA